UCGGAACUAAACAAGGACUUGGAUUUGCUCGUGAUCGGUGUCGACCUCUCUCUGUCAUUGGAUUUUACUCGUGUGAUGUUGCCCAGUGAAGCUGCCUGGCCUGGACGGACGGGUGGACGUUGCAGUUUGUGGGCUGGCUAAUCAAAUCAUCGGCAAGGCCACUUGACUUGAGGUGGCGUGGCGUGUCGUCGGCACGUACAGACAAAGAACCUACUAUCACUUCAUCUCCUGUAUAUACUAGAUUGGCACGGUUUUCCUGUGCCUUUUGCGAUAGCAACGGCACCUGUCUUUUUACGGGAAAUUCAUUGGAUUGGGUCGCAGUUGAGGACUCGAGAUAAAAGAGGCGAAGAUCAUCAUGUAUAAGAGAGAGAGAGGAAAAAAAAGAACAUCAUUUUGGGAGCAGUGAAAUUGGAACGUACCAAGUUUAUUAUUUCUGCUGUUCGAGACUGCAAAUGACUUGUUUAUUUUUUGAGGAAAAAAACUGCUAAUGACGUGUGGUACUCAAGAGUCAAGACAGAACCAAGACAUUUGGGACCUGUUUGGUAGGCUGGCUAUCCCUGUACAGGUCUGCCGGAGCUUAAAUGAACCCGUUUGGUUGCUCAUUUUCGGCCCGUAGCCAGGCUUCACGAGGCCACCGUACGCGUCCUGGCUCCCAGAAAACGGAGGGUGGAUCCGUUUUUCUGGGGCCUGGCUUGGCCGCCGCUCGCCCGCCCAUCUCGUCACCGCCCGUCUCCUCGCCGUGUGCGCCCUUCCGCUCGCGAAGUCGAUCAGCACCCACUGCACAGCGAGAUCCAGCGCCGCCGCCGGCCUCUCCACGCAGGAAGAUGGGCAGUGUGUCACCUCGGUUUGGGAGCAGAGGCUCGAUCUGAGGAGGAUGACGACGCCAGCAUGCUCCGGCCAUCAACGCGAAUGCUCCCACGACGCUCGACGACAAGCUCGCGAGGUGGACGUGCUCCUCCCCUUCGACGACGAGCUCUCGUGGCGGCAGGGCGGGGUCCGUAGGCGGGUUUCGUGCUGCCGUGCUCCUUCUCCGAGGUGCUCGCUGUGCUCCGUGCUGAUCCCGUGCUCGGAGAAGAAGAGGGUGACAACGAAGCUGCCCAGGACGAGCUAUAUGACAUCGGUCAUGGAAGCGACGGCGAGCGGCACAGCACCCGUGACCCACCAGAGGAAGACCCAGGCGAGCACGGUGAGCAUGUUGCGUGCCUCGCGGUGGCCGUGGGCGUGGACGCCACCCCAGCGCCGACACCGAGGUGUGGAGAUGCUCGUCGAGAUGCGUCGGGUGCUCGUCGUUUGCCCAGGUGCUUGCUUCUCAUCAGCCAUGGCGUGGAGUAGCAAAUCCCACCACGUGAGGUGCCCACCACAUGUUUGUGUAAAUGUGUGAAAGAAGGUAUCUUUACCGGCUCCUGAAAGAGGUGAUUCUAUGCAAAAUAAACUAGGCAACCAAACAUACCAUUCUCUA